AUGGGCUCAAUGGACAGAUCGUGGAGAGAGUUGGAUGUAGGUAUUAUUGGUGGUGGAAUAGGGGGUCUUGCUGCUGCCACAAGUUUACGACAGGCCGGCCACCGAGUCACAAUAUAUGAACGAGCGGAUUUUGCUGGAGAAGUUGGUGCAUCUAUAUCAUGUGCGGCGAACGGUACCAGGUGGCUUGAAAAAUGGGGCGUAAAUAUUCCAAUCGGACGACCUGUGGUUCUGCAAAAGCUCAUAUCGCAUGAUUGGAGAACAGGAGAGGUUCAAAACGUAUACGAUUUGGCAGGUUAUAAGAAUAGAUGGGGGUAUGUUUAUAACAUGUUUCAUCGAGUCAACAUGCAUGAAAUGUUGAUGGACUCUGCUACCGGACCAGAUCAUUCCGGCAUACCAGCAACUUUGAAAUGCAACCAGAAAUGCGCGGAUAUUGAUCAUGAACAAGGGAUUGCCACUUUCGAGAACGGUCUACAAGUCAAACAUGAUUUGAUUAUUGGCGCAGAUGGGAUUGGAUCACAAGUACGAAAGACUUUAGGAAUUGUGCCAGAUCGAGAGUUAUCUACAUCUACAUGCUUGCACUGCAUUAUCGAGACGAAAGAUGCGAAAAAAUUAGGGCUUCGAGAUUUGUCACCGAAUAAUGCUAUCGAGUUUUGGGGUGGACAAGGUAUUCACAAGAUUGUCUUCUCACCAUGCCGAGACGGAGAAGUUCACUCAUUCUAUUGUUUCUUUCCAGGAAACGAAAGUCCCCAUGCCGGUGAAGGCUGGAACAUCAAGCUUACCGUUGAGGAUAUCCUCAAGCCAUUCCCGGAUCUCGACCCUGAGCUCCUUGCGUUAUUCAGAAAUUCGACGGAUGUGAAGCCAUGGAGACUAUUCGCUCAUCAGCCAUAUCCAUAUUGGCAAAAUUGGACUACCUGUCUUCUCGGUGAUGCAGCGCAUCCUAUGCUUCCAGACCAGAGUCAAGGGGCUUGUCAGGCUUUGGAAGAUGCUGCCGCGCUAGGCAUAAUUUUCGGACAAAGAUAUGAAUUUGCAAAUUCGAAAGCAAGCAUCAGCGAGGGGCUAAAGUUAUAUGAGCAAACUCGCAAACCUAGAGCUUCUCGGGUGCAGGCAGCUAGUGCCCGCGAGAGGGUGAAUAUCAACGAACGGAUUGGGUUCUCGUCGAAUACUCACAACCCAAACUACAAGGUGUUGGAUGAGAAGAAGAAAUUGACGAUUGAGGAGAUGAAUGAGUAUGAUAUGUAUUUGGAUAUUGAGAGAAAGGUCUUGGGUAUACAACCAGAGGUGGAGAUGAGAGCCUGCUUAUAA